AUAAAGUUCACACCGACAAAGUCCCAUCCCAAUCUUCAUUGCCCGUGACCUCGGCGCGUACGCAUCUCCGCUAUAUAAGGCGCAAGCACACCGACGGGGCACAGUUCAAGUGUGCACACGGCUUAAACAUGAAACUCCUAAUCGUAUCCUGCCUAGUGGCGCUCGCGGCGGCGGACGUGUCCCACCUCAAGCAGGCUGGCGGCGAGGCCGACGCCCAGAUCCUGAGACAGGAGUCCGACAUCAGCCCCGAAGGCAACUUCCAGUACGCGUACGAGACUGACAACGGCAUUCAGGGGCAGGCGCAGGGACAGCUCAAAGGCGCUGGUGAGGACGCCGCCCUGGAGAUCCAAGGUGAGAACGGCUGGAAGACCCCCGAGGGUGAGCAGGUUCAGCUCCAGUACGUCGCCAACGAGAACGGCUACCAGCCUCAGGGCUCUCACCUCCCCACCCCUCCCCCAAUCCCGGAGGCUAUCCUCCGCGCCCUCGAGUACAUCAGGGCGCACCCCCCAGCACCAGAAAACUAAGUUAACAAC